AAAGAGAGGCAGAGAGACAUAGACACAUACAGAGAGUGGAGAGAGAGAGAGACAGAAAGAAGGAAGCCAUUUUGGUUCCACGGUGACAUGUCUGCCUGCACUUUGCUCUCUUCUUCACUUUGUUUCGAAGACUCUGGAGUUGGACGGCGGAAGGAGUGGUGAGGAACGAGGCCCGUCUGUCAGUCAGAGACCUGGAAGGAAAUAAAGUCUGUGAAGGACCGAGGCUGAGGCGACGACUCAGAAAUAAAACAUCAUCUCCAGCUGACCGUCAGAUGGUGGUCGUGUCUCGUUAGGCGAGCACCAGAGUCGGGUUUGACGUCAUCUGGACGGACGCCGUGUCUUUGAGAGGACGGGAGGAGGACACAGGAUGAGCUCGGACCGAGUGCCAUCCAGGUCGGAGGUGAUGGGGUGGAGCCCACAGCAGCUGGCAGACUACCUGAAGAGGAUGAACCUGUCCGGCUGUGAUAAAGCUGUGCUGAAGAACAGCAUCAGUGGACACAGAUUCGUGAAUCUGAGCGAUAACGACCUGCAGAAAUUCCCCAAACUCCACGCUCCGAUGAUCUCUAAGAUCAGCAGUGAGAUCAGUAAGAAGGAGGAGAAGAGAGGUCUGUUUGGGAAAAGGUCGACGCCAAAAUAUCACGAACCAGACCCCACAGCUGAUGUUCAGGGCUGGGGAGAAGAUGAGUUCGAUGACGAGUUCGACGAUGACGACUAUGAGAGUCCAAACAGCGGCGACGACGACGGCAGCGGGGGAGACUACGAGUCCCCGAACGACGACCCAGACGGGGCCAACGAUUACGAGCCUCCUCCCUCUGAACCUCCAGAGGACCUGGCCCACAAGCUGUGCCCCACCCUCCCCAUCGGAGACGGAGACUACAUCGACAACAGGGAUAACCACGUGUCGUCCAGAGCGCCCCCUGCUGUGUGUCCUCGCCCCCCAGUUUCCUCCCUGUCCCCCCGGAUGGCUGGACCUCCCGCCGGAAGAGACCCCUCCCCUCACUGUGGACGAGCAUCAGGGAAAUUUCUUCCUGAGCCGCCGCAGAUCUUUCGUAGCAACAAACCAGGCAGAGAUUCAGGAUCUAACUCGUCCCCCAUCAGAGGACCCAACUCACUGGACAGGCCGCGCACACCGUCUUGGAAGCCUCAGCCGGAGAUCCAGGAGCCUCCCACCUGGUCCAAGCCUCCGGCUCUUCCUCCGUCCUCUUCCAUCAACAGGAGCAACUCCUCUGCCAGGCCUCCUCCCAACAGGUUUGACGGGAGAAGAGAGCCACCACAUGAUGAAGCUCCUAAACACAACACCUUCCCCCUCCACAAUAAAAGUCUGCCCCCCCGCCCUGGACUCCCUGGGCCCCCGUCACGCCAUGGAGACAGUCUGCCUCCCAGUGUUCCCUCUGCUGGCUCUCUGCCUCACAGGCUGCAAUCUGGAAAGGUCGAACACAGAGGCAGCUUCGCCGGAUCAGACAGAUCGUUUCGUCCUCCGCCCACAGCGUCACACACACAGGAGCUGGAUCCUCUCUGGUACGUGGGUAAAGUGACCCGGGGUCAGGCCGAGGGAUGUCUGAAACGGGUCAGAAAGGACGGGGCGUACCUGGUGAGGGACAGCACCCGGCAGCUGGAUUCUCAGCCCUUCACCCUGAUGGUCUUCUACCAGGACAAGGUCUACAACAUCCAGAUCAGACAGCAGAACCAACAGUUCCUGCUGGGAACCGGACUCAAAGUCCAGGAGUCUUUCCCGUCAGUUAGCGAAAUCAUUGGCCAUUACUCCCAGUCUCCUCUGCUCCUCAUCGACGCCAAAAACCGAAGCACCAGUCAGCAGAACCAGUGCCUCCUCUCCGACCCAGCCGGGUACUACAUGACCGGACAGAACUGGUCCUGACCAUAUCGAACCGGAUCAGACCGACCGCCAAACUAAACCAGGGGGAAAACGCGAGAGUUAAGAUGAAUGUCCAUCUGAAACAGUAUUAGCAGGUGUGGUGAACCUUCCUCCAGAGGAAGCACGAAGAUUUUUAUUGUGAUGGUGAGUGAAAAUGUAAAUGUCAGAUUUUUGCACGAUUUGCAAGUUUCUUCCUUCGCUUGCUUUUGACUGUUCGCAUUUACAAACAGCCUUUAGUUUUGUGUCAACUCUGCUCGAGACAAUAAACCUCUCAGAGUUUCGACACCGUCUCCACUCAGAAACGUUUUAGAGCUUUUAAAUUAUAACUUCUGUUUGAUGGAUGAAAGAUAAAUCCACAUUCAAACUACGUGUGUUCCUGUUUCUGUCUCCAGCUCAGCUGCGUAAAACUCACCUUUUAUGAUUGUACUUAAAACAGUUUCUGUUUUGGUUGGAUAAUGCAGGUGAACCCACACAGUGUUCUGACUUCAUGUUACUUUGUGCUUUCAGUCUGGAACAUUUUUGAAUUCACUGUAAAUGCAUCAACUGGUUUGUCACUCAGCUGUCCUCAUUAAAACUCAUGGAAACAUC